UGGUUCCUUCCCCGAAUAGCAAACACAAUGGCUGCCAUGGCUGCUCUAUUUUAUGCUGAAAAGGUAAAAGUGCAUUUUAGAAUUUGUCUCGAGCAUGCAUGCACGCGAUCAAUAAAUUGAAGAGAGAAAUAUGUUCACUGCAAAUUGGUUGUUGCCGCGUUAGAAUUUCUAAAAUUUCAAGUUAAUCUUUUGGGAAAUAUUUGAUAAAUUUUAAGUCAUAAUAGUUGCAUAUUAAAUUUUCUGUUUUAAUUUUUAUUGGGGUUUAAACUCAAAUACAAAGCGAUGCCGCCGCAAAAUGGAGAUUGCAAAUACCAGCCGGUCUGUUUACCCGAGGAUGGACACCAACAGCAGAUGCCACCUGGUCCUCCUGGAUGCGCCACAGAAAGACUCCUGCUGCCAAACAACCACUUCGUGUGUGACCAGAACAAGGUGGCGAAACAGCAGCAGCUUAUGAACCAGUACAGUGGCGGCCACUCGUGCAAUCCCCAGCGUCCCGGCUACAACCCCGAGUGUGCCGUGCCGCUGUGGAGCCGCAACAAACAGGGCUUCAAGGGCGCCGUGCCUUACACCGGACCGUACGACAAGGAGGCGCCCUACCACUACGCCGAGUCACCCUACUACAUGGAUAACGACGACCCGAGAAAAUUCUUCAUGUCUGGCUACACCGGCUUCGUUCCGCAUACCCAGUCCGUUAUCGGCAAUGUGUUUCCACUGACCUGCAACAAGGGCCUGCGCAAAUUCACCGAUCUACAGUGUAAUGUGAAACAAAACUUCUGCAAGCCGGUGAUCGUGAGCACCAAGAAGCGCGACUUUGAUCCGCCCGUGGAGCAGCUGCAGCAGUGCAGUAAGGAGCCACUGCGUACCAUCAACAUCGCCGACGUGGGCAUCGAGUACGACCCAACCAUCCUGCGCGACUGCGCCUCCGGCUCGGGCCGCUCGAGCACGGGCGCGGUGGCCGGCAGCUUCUACAGCCCAGAGGCAGACUUCAGCGGCGCCGGCGCGGGACCUGACUUCGCUGGGGCGCCGCAGGCGGGCGGCUCGGGCGCCGAGGGACCCCGGCGCAAAAUGAAGAUGUUCCGGAGAAAGGAUCCACACCCGAUAUACCGAGUUGAAGAGGGCCUGCUACCCACCUACGGUGGACAUGUGCCCAACCAGCAGUUCCGUUUUGGAGGCACAUUCGGUCGUGAAACUUUGAACGCGCGCAAUCUGAACAAACGUAAAUAAGUUGCUGAAUCUGGCGUCAAAAUGAACAGCGUGUUUUGGCUAUCUCACUGAACGUCAUCAAUGUAUUCACCCACUUUCCUCCAACAUCAUUUGUCAAUCAUAUGAAAUACACAACCUAGAUGUG